AAAAGCUAGUCUAUCCUCCUCAUUUUCCAUCCCCUAUCCUCUAUCCUCAAUCAACAGAGAACACACACCAAUUCUUUAUAAUCUUACCUCCGACCUCUAUCAAACCCCGAUACGUUCACAUCCUUAGAAUGGCUGCCUUGAAGAAUGCCCUCCCAGGACAUCUGAAGUCCGCUCUUGGUGGCUCUAAUGGGGAAGCUGAGUUUGCCAAAAAGCAUCAUGGCAAGACUCAAUCGCAUAUGGUGAGUUGGUAUUUCCUUUCAUUGCUUAAGUGGAGCCGUAGAUUCACUGCAGACUUGGGAGACAACUGCAGACAUCAGGCCUGGCUCAAAGGUCAACUCCUGAGAAGUUGCUAGAGCUUCGAAGAUGGAACUCGUCGUCUAGCACGAUCUUUCAGGACCUCGAAUAUCACACAACUCUCCUCGAAAGAAUUGCUUCUGGAUCAAUGACACUAUCAUGGACGACAUUCCCCGUCUCCCAGAGCUCGACGUGGAUACGUGGAAGACAGGACACCAACAUUGUUUAUAUCUCCCAGGAAUCUGUAUCCACGCCUGUCCUGCAUUUCCUGGAAGCAACGAAGAUCUUCACUAUCAGCCCAUAGCUUUCGCACCAGGUACGACAAUUGUACCAUUGCCAGAGAUCAAGUUUUGGGAAACGCACCCAGCCUUGCGACCUACCAGAUCGGUAACCCUCCAAACAUCAAGAAUCGCCCCGCAAGUUCAGGAAGGCAUAUCUCCGCUCUCCUCCCUUCCAGCAGAAGUUUGGGAGAACAGCGCUUUCAGAAACAGCUUCAUGGAAGCGGCUUUGUCUGCUCAACCUGGACGUCCUCACCCUUCGUCUCCAAAUAUGCCAACCUACCAACGUCCCAAGUCUGCAGGUCCUGGGUUACUUUCUUUGGCAGCUUCUGCCAAUCCUCCACCUCAAAGCACUACUCGUGGAGUUUCUCCUGGAGACCACAAGUCUUUCAACGCUGCUGGUCCAGAAUCAUCCUUCCAAGGAUCUCCUGCUCUUGGCUUUGCUCUUCCUGAAGGCUUUCGAGAAUACUUCGACGUCAGUGGCUGCCAGUCAAAUGCGAAAUGCUCUCAACAACCUCGCAGAUACCGUUACCGAUCCCACAGAGAAGAAGCUUUUCGAGACGGAAAUGGAUAACUUCUUUGCGCUAUUCCGAAGAUACCUCAACGACAAGGCGAAAGGAAACACCUUGGAUUGGGACCGUAUUGCACCACCUGCCGAAAACCAGGUUGUUGACUACAAUGACCUUGCGAACUCCGAAUCUGUCGGCUUCUUGAGCAAGCUCGCUGUCCUCAAGCUCAACGGUGGUCUCGGAACGUCCAUGGGAUGUGUUGGACCAAAGUCUGUUAUCGAGGUCCGCGACGGCAUGUCCUUCCUCGACCUCUCAGUUCGACAAAUCGAGUAUCUUAACCGUACAUACGACGUCAAUGUUCCCUUCGUUCUCAUGAACUCGUUCAACACCGACGAUGAUACCCAGAACAUUAUCAAGAAAUACGAAGGGCACAACAUUGAUAUCUUGACCUUCAACCAAUCCCGAUACCCCAGAAUCUUGAAGGAUUCCCUCCUCCCUGCACCAAAGUCAUUCAACUCGCCAAUCUCUGAUUGGUACCCACCCGGACACGGUGAUGUCUUCGAGUCUCUGUACAAUUCUGGUAUCCUCGAUAAGCUCAUUGAGCGUGGUGUUGAGAUCCUCUUCCUUUCCAACGUCGACAACUUGGGCGCCGUUGUUGACUUGAGAAUUCUGCAACACAUGGUCAAGACUGAGGCCGAGUACAUUAUGGAGUUGACCGACAAGACCAAGGCAGAUGUCAAGGGUGGAACCAUCAUUGAUUACGAGGGGUCUGUUCGUCUUCUCGAGAUCGCUCAAGUUCCAAAGGAGCAUACCAACGAGUUCAAAUCCAUUAAGAAGUUCAAGUACUUCAACACGAACAACAUCUGGCUGAACUUGAAGGCCGUCAAGCGCAUCGUAGAAAACAACGAGCUCGAGAUGGAGAUUAUUCCCAACAACAAGUCAAUUCCAGCUGACAAGAAGGGCGAGUCUGAUGUCUCGAUUGUCCAGCUUGAGACCGCCGUUGGAGCUGCCAUUCGCCACUUCAAGAACGCACACGGUGUCAACGUUCCACGUAGACGCUUCUUGCCCGUCAAAACCUGCUCUGAUCUUAUGCUUGUCAAGUCGGAUCUGUACUCAUUGAAGCAUGGUCAACUCCAAAUUGAUCCAAACCGUUUCGGCCCAGCUCCUCUUAUCAAGCUCGGCAACGACUUCAAGAAGGUCUCAGACUUCCAGAAGCGCAUUGGCAGCAUCCCCAAGAUCAUUGAACUCGACCACUUGACCAUCACUGGAGCUGUCAACCUUGGCCGAGGCGUCACCCUGAAGGGUACCGUCAUCAUCGUAGCAACAGAAGGCAGCACAAUUGAUAUUCCUCCCGGAUCUAUCCUCGAGAACGUUGUCGUUCAAGGUUCACUGAGACUGUUGGAGCAUUAG